AUGACUUCCUUCCUGCCACUCAUCUCGGAGCUUCUCCCCAUGAUCCUACCGAGCUCGAUACACGUUGUCCGCGCCAAGGAUCUUCAGCCCAAACACCCAACCGUCGAAGGCCCCGUCCUGCAGCGUCAAGCCUUGGUCGGCAAGUGCGGCAUGUGCGCCACAGUACUCACAAUCCGCCCCCACUCAGAGAGUGCAAUCAGGCACAACAGCGAACAAGACGCCAUCGUCUUUUUGGUGUCUGGUUCCGGGGUAUUCCUGGUCCAAGGCGGGCAGAAAGAGGGGGCCCAGCGUAAUGAGUUGACGCAGGGAGAUCUCGUUUUCGUGCCUUCCUGGACAGAGCACCAGCUGGUCAACGAAACUGAUGAUGACGCAGUGUGGCUCCUCAUCCAGAGCGGUUCGCGGCCUGUGGGAGCCGACCUGACUGACUGGGGAGGUGACGAGGUAUUCACCCGCAAAUGA